AAGCAAUUAUAGCAAUUAUUCUUUUUGUUUUAAGUAAAAGUAAAGAGGAAAAAUAAUAAGAAUAAACAGGAUAACCAUAGUAAAUAAUCACUUUAGUUAUGUUUAGUGAAUCAGAAAAGAUGAUUUAAAUGUUAUGUUGAGAAAUAAUGCAAAUGAAUCAUAUGAAGCAGAUGAUGAUAAGUAUUAAAGAAUUGCAAAUUGGAGAAAUGAUAAAGGAUUACAGGAUAAUUAAUCAAUGUUGUAAAAAAAUAUGCUAACAAAUUUAUCAGAGAUGAAGAUAUGUACAUUAGAUCUGGAAAUAGAGAAGGACAAUUCUUAAAGUAAUUAAAUAAGGCUGAUCCAAAUAAUAAAAAGCAUAUUAUCAUCUCAAAAAUGCAAUAUCAUUCAUGCUGAUAUCAAGGCAUAUAAUAUAUUAAUAUCAGCGGAUACCAAAUUGUUGAAAUUAUUCGAUUUUGGUACUGCUUUCAAUGUUGAGUAUCUUGUAAAUAGAUAUUAUCGUGCCUCUCAAAUUAUAUUGGUUACCCUUAAGAUACUACAUUAAUGUUUGGGCCACAGCACACAUUGUUUGAAUAGUGUACAGGGUAAUUCUUGUUCUCUAGAGGCAAUAAUAAGGACAAGUUGAAAUAGCAUCUAUUAAACACAGGGAAGUUCUCUAUGAAAAUGUUGAAACGAUCUAUUUUAACCUCAAAACAUAUUUGAUUAUCAUCUUAAAUUUAAGUGCAGGGAAAUCGAUCUUAUCACUAAUCAAGUAACUUUUAAGGCAGUGAUAUUGGGGGAUAAGCCUAAAAAGACUAUUGAGACUCUUUUUGAAGAAUAAGG